AUGAUAGCCUCACUCCAGCGAUCCAAUCAAUUAGAAGAUCCUGUUUAUGUUGACCACAUGUGUACGGAUGAAUUGUGCUUUUUCUUCCGUUGCCGUACCGCGACGGAACAAACGGUGGUGAUCAAAAAUUUGGUCAUCGGUUCGUUUCGAAACGAUCCGAGGCUGACCGCAACUUUGCGUCGACGAUACGCGGACAAGAUAGCAUUCCAAGUGAGCCAAUUGAAACGGCUGCGACCUCACCCCGCUAUUGUUCGACUCGGAAUAUGUUAUCGCUUGUUUGGCCCAUGCAGCGUGGUCACUGAAUUUCAUCCAGAGGGCAAUUUGUUCAAUUGGCUGGCAAAUCAAACCCAUCUGACCUUGUGGUCUGUGUGUAAAGUGAUUCAGCAUAUUUGCAUUGGUAUGGACUAUCUACAUCGAAACCGAGUAUUUCACGGGAAUUUGGGUUUUCGAGACGUGCUAUUUAAAUCAGCCGAACCGAAUUCAGUUGCCAUAGUUUUGGACGUGAGUAUUCGAGCGUCGGUGAACAAAAUUUGUGCUUCUUAUGUGUAUGAUUUGGAUCGCUGUCCGCCAGAAUUGUUUGAUUCUGUGUGUCAGAUUGCCGAAAAAUGGCCCCCCACCAGUGGUCGUCCCUAUCGGACAGGAAGAGAAGCGUGUGUGGUUGAAAAAUUGUUGCAGCCAACCUGGGAACGUGAUAUAUGGUGUGUGGGUGUGAUGGCACAUCAGCUGUUGACCGGAGUCGGGCCAUUUACUCACAUUCAAUUGGCCGAGCGUAGUGCGUUCUGGAACUGUACACACACUACCAAAUUAACUCAUCCCAUGUUAUCCAGACUCAGUCGUGGAAUCGUGGAUUUGCUCGAACGACUGUUACACACAAAUCCGCUGUUACGGGCUACCGCAGAGGACGGUGCGCAAUCCACCUGGUAUAAUGACAACCAGACCAAAAGUGACAAACGAAAUUUGUUGUCCAUUCUGGAACAUAAUUUUAUGAAUAUGGAAUUUUCCGUGUACAGAGACACAAUGUGUACGUUGAAUCGAUUACGGACCCAAUAA